CAUGGAUGCCUACAUGGAACAGACCUGUAUCACUUUUGAAGAGAGGACCACUCAGGAAGACUAUGUCAGGUUCUUCAGUGGAGACGGGUGCUGGUCAUACAUAGGUAGAGUGAGUGGACCUCAGGACAUAUCAAUUGGACGGGGCUGUGAGUAUAAGGGGAUUGUGAUGCACGAGAUAUUCCAUGCUCUGGGACGGUGGCAUGAG